CUCUUCCUGGCGGGGCUGGCGAGAGGAUGAGGAGCCAUGGGCCAAGCCUGCGGCCACUCCAUCCUCUGCCGGAGCCAGCAGUACCAGCCGGCCGCGUCUGACAUACGGGGACAGCAGGUCUUUCUGAAGGCGGAGGAGGCGCCCCCCUGCUCGGACACUCUACAGGAUGCUUUGCUGAGCCUGGGCUCUGUCAUCGAUGUCUCCAGUCUCCGGGAAGUCGUCAAAGAUGCCAUUGCAUCAGUGCUACCCAAAGUGGAAAGGGUGUAUGUUUACCUAUUGGAUGACGAAGCCCGGCUGACAUGCAACGACCCGCCCCACGAGUUACCCCAGGAGGGAAAACUCAGGGAUGCUGUCCUGAAGCAGAAGCGGGUGGAGUGCAACGGCCUGCCGGCGGCUGAACUCCAGGGCAAGCCCAUGGUGAGCUUGGCGGCACCGUUACCUCCAGACAAGCAAGUGCUGAUUAUCCCCUUGGUGGACAAGGAUGCCGGGGCGGUGGUUUGCGUCAUCCUGGUCCACUGCAGCCCGCUCUGUGAUGCUGACGAUCGCCACCUGCAGGCGUUAGAGAAACACAUCCUCGUGGCCUACAAGCGCAUCCAAGCCCUGCAGAAGCGGCGGCCCCAACCCCAGGUCAGCCCGCCCGCCAACUCCUUGCAGAACUCCUUAGCUAAAGCCGACAAGGCCCCCAAGAGCAGCUACAGUGACCUGGACCGCAAGAUCCUCCAACUGUGCGGGGAGCUGUAUGAUUUGGACGCAGCUUCGCUCCAGCUCAAAGUCAUUAAUUAUCUGAAGCAAGAAACCCAGUCUCCCUGUUGCUGCCUCCUCUUGGUCUCAGAAGAUAACCACCAGCUCUUCUGCCAGGUUGUCGGGGAUAAAGUGCUGGAAGAGGAGAUCAGCUUUCCGCUCACAUUUGGCCGUCUGGGAAAGGUGGUAGAGGAGAAGAAAUCCAUCACUCUGCAAGAUAUCAGUGCGGAAGAGCACAAGCAGCUGAACAGCAUGUUGGGAUUUGAAGUGACCGCCAUGUUGUGCGUCCCGGUCAUCAGCCGGGCCACCUCCCAGGUGGUGGCGUUGGCCUGCGCUUUCAAUAAGCUUGGAGGAGAGAGCUACACCGAAGCCGAUGAACACAAGAUCCAGCACUGCUUCUGCUACACCUCGACGGUGCUAACCAGCACCUUGGCCUUCCAGAAGGAGCAGAAGCUCAAAUGCGAGUGUCAGGCGCUCCUGCAAGUGGCCAAGAACCUCUUCACGCAUCUCGAUGACGUAUCGGUGCUGCUGCAAGAGAUCAUCACCGAGGCCCGGAAUUUGAGCAACGCCGAAAUAUGCUCCGUGUUCCUCUUGGAGCGAAGCAGCCAUGAACUGGUGGCCAAAGUGUUUGACGGGGGUGUGGUGGAUGACGAGAGCUACGAAAUCCGGAUUCCAGCAGACCAGGGCAUUGCAGGUCAUGUGGCUACGACCGGGAAGAUCCUCAACAUCAAAGAUGCCUAUUCCCACCCCCUCUUCUACCGUGGCGUGGACGACAGCACCGGAUUCCGCACCAGGAACAUCCUCUGCUUCCCCAUCAAGGACGAGAACCAGGAGGUCAUCGGGGUGGCUGAGCUGGUUAACAAGAUCAACGGGCCUUGGUUCAGCAAGUUUGACGAGGACCUGGCCAUCGCAUUCUCCAUCUACUGCGGCAUCAGCAUUGCCCAUUCUCUGCUGUAUAAGAAAGUCCAUGAAGCCCAGUACCGGAGCCACCUGGCCAAUGAGAUGAUGAUGUACCAUAUGAAGGUGUCUGAAGACGAAUACACCAUGCUUCUCAAUGAGAGUAUCAAGAAGGUCCCCGAGUUCGAUGCCCACUUCGACAAAUUCACCUACACGCCCCGUUCCCUUCCCGAUGACGACACGUGCAUGGCCAUCUUGAGCAUGCUGCAGGACAUGAACUUCAUCAACAGCUACAAAAUCGACCACCAUACGCUCGUCAGGUUCUGCCUGAUGGUGAAAAAGGGCUACAGAGACCCUCCGUACCACAACUGGAUGCACGCCUUCUCCGUCUCUCACUUCUGUUACCUGCUGUACAAAAACCUGGAGCUGAUCAAUUACCUGGAAGACAUCGAAAUCUUUGCCUUGUUCAUCUCCUGCAUGUGUCACGACCUGGACCAUCGGGGCACAAAUAACUCCUUUCAGGUGGCUUCGAAAUCGGUCCUGGCUGCCUUAUACAGCUCUGAAGGGUCUGUGAUGGAGAGACAUCACUUUGCUCAGGCCAUUGCCAUCAUAAACACCCACGGCUGCAACAUCUUUGAUCAGUUCUCCCGAAAGGACUACCAAAGGAUGCUGGAUUUGAUGCGAGACAUUAUUCUGGCUACUGAUCUUGCGCACCACUUGAGAAUCUUCAAAGACCUCCAGAAAAUGGCAGAAGUCGGCUACGACCCCAAAAACAAGAACCACCACAGCCUCCUGCUGUGCCUUCUGAUGACCUCCUGUGACCUCUCAGACCAGACGAAGGGCUGGAAAACCACCCGCAAGAUAGCUGAACUGAUCUACAAGGAAUUCUUCUCCCAAGGAGAUCUGGAAAAAGCCAUGGGUAACCGGCCGAUGGAAAUGAUGGAUCGGGAGAAAGCCUACAUCCCCGAGCUGCAGAUCAGCUUCAUGGAGCACAUCGCCAUGCCUAUCUACAAGCUGCUCCAGGACCUCUUCCCCAAGUCGUCCGAGCUGUACGAGCGGGUGGCCAGCAACCGGGAGCACUGGACCAAAGUCUCGCACAAGUUCACCAUCCGGGGCCUCCCCAGCAACAACUCCCUGGACUUUCUGGACGAGGAAUACGACCUGCAGACGAUGGCGGGCAACGGGGCCAAGUUGAACGGCUGCCUGGACUGCGAAGAGGGGCACAUGGGGUCGGUGAUGGAAUGA